AUGGUUGGCGUCGAGAAUAUUCUUGAGAUUCAGCUACGGGAGCGAAUCUUUCGUCUGAAUCCGACCAGUCAGCUGCAGACGAAUAGUUGUGUCGCGCCAAAGCCAAAAGUGAAAGUAAGUUGAUGUUUUUGGUUGAGUUUAAACUUAUUUAGUAUGAAGAUAACUUUUAAAGCUCAAAAACUUUGAAGUACUGCUCAUUUUUUAAAUUUUCAACGAUAUUAUGUUGUAUAGCACCUUGUAACUUUAUUUUUUAAGGAAAAACUGGAAAUACGUAAGGCAAAAGUGACAGAAAUUCCUUUACAACAUGCUGAAGUCACUUUUCCGGAGGAUUAUGUUGUUUUUAAUGGCAAUGAAUUUGAAAUAAAGCCGGAUACAAUUGAGUACGAUGUUGAUGAUGAAGUAAGUUAAAGUUUUGAUAAUCAUUGUAUGUUUAGGACGUUGAAUGGCUAAAACUGGUGAAUGAGAAGAGGGCUAAGGAUAAACUAAAGCCUGUGAGUGAAGAUGAUCUUGAACUAGCGAUUGACAAGUUCGAAAAGGCAGCUUUGUUUCAGGUAGGUAUAGUUUUACAUUGUGGUAGUGUUUUGUGGGUUACACCGGGCGGGAAUUAUGGUUUUGUUAAAAAUUGAGGUUAGACAUUGGUAAUACUAAAGACAAUGUUUUUGACGUUUGAAAGUAACGUUUGCGUUUGAAAAUUAGAAAAAGAACAAUGAAAAAUAUUAUUUUUGGAUGUAGGACUUGAUUUUUUGUAUCUUAUGACAAAAAUGUUAAUAAAAUGUCGGCUUUUUUGGUUCUUUUAAAUAAUAUUAAUGUUAACAAAAUAAUAUCCGUAAAAUUCUCUUCAGAGCGAACACCGUUUACCUCAAGUCGACGACGACGAGCCGUGUUGUAUCUGUAACGAUGGUGAGGAUCAUAACACGAAUCAAAUCAUUUUUUGUGAUAUGUGCAAUAUUGCCGUGCAUCAGGAAUGUUACGGAGUGCCUUACAUACCAGCGGGUCAGUGGUUGUGUCGGAAGUGUCAACUGUCACCUUCACAAUCAGUUCGAUGUGAACUGUGUCCUUUUCAAAAUGGAGCUUUUAAACAAACGUCUGAUGGAAAAUGGGUACAUGUGGUUUGUGCAUUAUGGUUAAGUGAAGUUCACUUUGCAAAUGUGGUAUUUUUGGAGCCAGUUGAAGGAGUGGCGAAUUCGCUCAAAAGAAGGUCCAAAUUGACAUGUCAAGUUUGUAAAAUCAAACAUGGAGCUUGUUUACAGUGUAGUAAAGUAAGUUUUUGAUGUUUUCGUUGGAUUUUUCAGGAAUUUUUAUAUUGUUCUGGGUCCUCAACGGUGGAAAAUUGUCAAGUUUUGACCAUUCAUCUACUAUAACAUAACUUUUUAAGCUGUAUUUGGAUAAAAUAAUGAUUUCUUGGUUAUUUUGAUAGAUAAUAUAGCUAAAACGUUUAUGAAUUAGCUAUAAUGAAAAGGAUUAAAGUUUUGAUUUAAAAUUUUAUGUUUCAGAAAUGUUGUGUACGACCAUUCCAUGUAACAUGUGCAAUAUAUAGUGAAAUGCAAAUGGAAGUACGACAUACAGAAAGGGCAGGGUAUGAUGAUACAAUUGUAGAGCGGUUCGCUUAUUGUCAUCAACAUUCAGCUAAAAGGUAUCGUUUUUAGUUAGAUUUUCUUUGCUUUUGAAAAGUUGACUUUUUAAGGGAUUGAUUUGAGAAAUUUUAUGUAUUGUCGAUUUUUAUAGUAAAUUUGGUCGAUUUUCAUAUCAAAUUUGUUCUAACCCAACUUGUUUAAGAUCAAAACUGAUAGACAUUGGUUCAGCGGCCUUCAAAAGAUCUGUAGCCGACAAAAUGAAACGUGCCAGAAGAGCUCUUCAAAACUCGUCGAAACAGAUCAACAAUGUUGCAGUACCAGUAGUACCAUCAGCCAAAUUUGAGGAAAUCAAAGCCGAACUUAAAGUGGAACGUUUGGAAGAUCUACUAAAUUUUUGGUCAUUAAAAAGGAUAAUAAGAUGUGGAGUGCCAUUGCUAAGAAGGCUACAGGUGUAUCACAGCAAAAAACAGAUGGGCCGACGCUCUGGCGAUGGUAUUCUGGAAAGUCAAAUGGAUCGAAGCGAUGUCAGUCAAUGGGAUCAGUUGUUCAGAACCGGGAAAUUGAGGAAUAACUUGGAGAAGCUGAGGUUAUUGGUGGAAUUGAUGAAGAAAAGGGAGAAGUUCAAGUUGGAACAGGUGGGUUCUUGAUUUUUCUUGAUAUAUAGGUAUUAGAUUUGAAAGUAACGCUUAUAAACGUCGUAUUUUAAACUGUUUUACUCUUAACAUUUAUAUUUUUACGUUUUUAAAUGUUUUUUUAAUUAUAGGUAACAAAAUGGUUUUUUUUUUAAAUUUAGGUAAUAAAAACCUAAUUUCAGCUUCAAACCUACCGCCAAAUAGUCGAAAGUGCCCUAAAACCCGUAAAACUCCUCCUAGAAGAAACCCUAGAACGCCUUAUAGAAAAGGAUCACCUCCUAGUCUUUACUCAACCGGUAAAUGAAGAUGAAGUCCCAGGCUACUUCAAUAUCAUCAAGAAACCCAUGGAUUUUGAUAAAAUGAGGAAAAAGCUAAAGAAUGGUGAAUACAAGCGAGUAGCUGAUAUGAAAGCGGAUUUUGAUCUGAUGAUGGCGAAUUGCGAAACAUUCAAUAGGAAUAAUGACCAUUACUUACGAUAUGGACAGAUUAUCAAGAGUUUGGGAGUGAAGGUGUUGAGAGAUGCUGAAGGAGAGGAAAGUCUGACUGGAUCAGUAGGUUUUUGUGUUUUUUGAUUUGGUUUUUAGGGUUUUAUGGGGAAAGUUUGUUUUUAGGUAUUGUUAUGAGAUUUUUUGCCGCCUAUUUAAUAACUUUUGUAGUUUUUUGGGUGAUUUUAGGUAUGUUUUUUAGUUUUUUAUGUUAUGUUAAGUGUUUUUUGAUUACUAUGUUAAAAAAUUGCUUUUUGGUGAAUUUAGGUAUAAGUUUUAUAUAAAACUGACAAAUUGUGUAUUACUAUGGUUUCAAUUACUAGAACACAAAAUUUUAUGUAUCACCAUGAUUCAUCAUCAAAUUUUAGCCCCGCCUGCUCAGCGAACUCCCCUUCCUGUUCCCAGAAUGUGCCAAAAACGAAGAAAUCCAAGUCAUCAACAGAGUGAACAAUAUCGCCGCUGAUCUCACAAAUUCAAAGCCAAUUGGAAGACAUUCUAGUCCAAAACAAAACAGUAAUUUAUUAGAGCGAAGGUCAAGCACAGUGUCGAUCAAAACUGGUCGGAAGGCUAUAAAUGGCCUGAAAAGAGGACGAGACCCAAACCAAUCUCGAAUUGUCGACUACUUCAAACCAGUGAAAACCCCACGAUCUCCCGCAUCACCCGCCUCACCACCUCAUAAACGAACGAAGCCGGCUUCGCCAGUGAAAGGAAACAAAGUCAUACGAUCGCGGAACAACUAUUUCACCGAAACCUCGUCGGAUACGGCCGGAAUGAGCACGGACGAAGACAUUGGGGGAAUGAGAAGUCGGUUAAGGCGGAGGGAUCAAAGUGGAAGGCAUAGUGAGAAUGAUAGUGGUGAGUUUUAGGGAAGAAUGGUUUUUGGGUUGGUUUUUAUGGGGAAAAAUGACUAUUUAGAGUUGGUUUGGUUUUGAUUAAACUUGGUUUUAGUGAUUCUGCUUACAAUUGCUAGUUUUUGGCGCUUUUUACAUAAAAAUUUGAGUUUUUAAGUUUUUGACAAAAUUUAUUAUAAGAUAUUUUUGAUGUUAUCUCUAUGUGGAGAUAUUUCUUAGUUUAUGCAAAUGUAAGCAUAUUCAUACCAAUUGUUACUUUGCCCUUUAAUUUUGAAUCGAUUUGAACAAGGCAAAGAUAAGUUGCCGCAUAGCCGAGUGGUUAACGCAUUAGACUUUCGCGCGAAAUGGCUGAGUUCGAGCUCGCCCCCUUGCAAUAAGCCGAGUUGUGUCUAUUCGUUUUAUAAAACACAACCAUGCAAACGCAAGGGAAAGAAUACGAACUGCAGACAAGAUUGGACUGCUUUUAUGUCCAAACAUCAGUUCAGUUUGAACAUUUUUGGCUAUUUUUUGAAAAAUUAUGUAGCGUUUUUUGUGAUUUUGCCAUUUUUUCGAUAAAAUUUUUAACUUUUUUUGCCAAAAAUUUAACUUUAUCAUACUUUCAGACGCCGUAAACGCUCCAGAUUUCCUGCACAAUGACAUUGUCUGGGCACCGUUGGGUCGAGAAAAGAUGGUCGGUCGAGUAAUCAAACGAGCCCUGGUUGAAUUUGAAGAGGAUAAAGAGAUCCGAGACAAAAUCAAACAAAUGAAAGCAACCACCGCCGAUUCAAAGGUCCUGGUCCUCUUCUUCGACAUGAACAACACUGUACAGUACGUGGAUUUCACAGAUCUUAAUCAUUGCGAUGUGAAAAAGUUGCCGGUAACAGAUAGUGCGCAACUGGGCGCGGCGUUCACCAGGGCCAAAGAACAUUGGAGUAAAACAAUAUCGGAUUAG